GCGGCCGCAAACUGCUUUCCCCUUCCCCUCUCCACAUCUACGCGCCAAUACCUGAGGCCUUGUCUAUGGAUCCAUCCUCCACACUCGCCAGAUGGCGUCCUCAGCUCCGACGUCAAGUGCCUCAAAUGGCAUGCCUACCUGGCUCUACGAGGUCUUGACCACAUUGCCGUGCGCACCGACGUUGACCCUCAGGGUGCUAUCGAUGGGCAGCUUCCGAAUUUGGAGUCGCCUGCUUGGGUCGACAGCAAGGUCAACGUUGACGAUGAUAGUGGGCUGGAAUGCUACAAAGACGAAGCGACGCGUGACGAGAGUCGGGCGUGGGUGGCGUUGUUGGAAGGCUGCGUGCACGCUGCGCUGCUCGUUGUCCAACCGACGUCGGCGCCGUUCUCCUUGGCGGAAGCGAAAUCCCACCCGAUCGAGUCCAUUCUCACGCUGCCUCCAGCCCUGCUGUCAGGCCUUACUUCCCUCUUCCCGCCCUUUGGUACGCGUAUCCCCCGUAAAGCUAUACAGUCGCGUUACUGGGACGCCAUUGGGGCGCUCUCUGAGAGAUUGGGCACCGAUAAGUGGUUCCUGUCAUCCAAGGCUCCGACAGCACUCGACGCGCUCGUCUUUGCAUACUUGCACUGUAUACUUCACUCGAAAGACUCGAUGCGCAUCGAGGUGACGCACAGGGUGAAUCUAGUUGCAUGGGAGUGAAGAGUGAGAGAAUUGGUUAGGGCAACGUUUCUACCGAGGCGGUAAUCUAGACUUAUCAGUUCGAGUGUAUUACAACACCAGUUUAUGUGUUCGUGUCGGCGAAAUCAUUGCAGUGAGAGUCGCGCUGCGAGACGAUUCUCAGGAUGUAAACACAAGUCCAAAUAAUUGACUUUGGGGCUCAGGCCAAAACAUUGCUGUGAUGGCGCUGUAGCCGUUGUAGAUCUUGUUUGCAAUGGAAAGAGGAAUGAGAUAAGGAAGGAUAGCACCCGUAGGUGAAGCUUUGGCUCAAGAACGACGAGAAAGUUGUGGAGCUCUCAUUGCGACCUGCAAUGGCUAGCACUCCG